GGAACUAAAAACAGCUGUUGGCAAAAGCAGACUUUACAUCGUGCCACGAGCCACUGUCUUGCAGGAAACCUCACCACCCUCAGCCAUGUCCCAGAAUUCAUUCCCACCACUCUCUGCAGCUCCAGCAGCAGAUGAGACCUCACAGGUGGCUAAGGAAAAUGUGGUUUCAGAUCAGGUGGCAUCCACAUCCUCUGCCAUAUCCAUGGUUUCAUUCCCACCACUCUCAAUUGCUCCAGUACAAGAUGAGACCGCCCCUUUGGCUGAGAGUACCCAAGCUCAAAGUGUGGUUGCAAAUCGGGCUCUUCAAGAAUGGCAAGCAAUACGUGCCCAGCAAGACCAGGAAUAUAAUGACAAUUUGUUGGUGGAUCAGGAGAAGGAGAGGAAGAAACUAGCCUAUCAGGCCUGUGAGGAAAGGCGUCAAAAGGCUAUUGAAGCAAGACAUCAGCGUCUAUCUGCAUGUGAGGUACCCUUUGAUGGGGUGUUGAUCAAAUUUAAAUAUCCAGAUGGACACCUCAACAUGAGGAAAUUCAGCUUGUGUGAGCCAAUUCAGACCUUGUUUGACUUUGUGGGACAAGAUGAUGGUGCCAGUGAAACCUUUGUGGUACAAGAAGCCACAUCAUCAAGAUCAAUUGAGAGCAGUUCCGCCGGGUCAAUAAUUGAUCAUGGUAUAAAACCAUCCUCAACUCUUUACGUACUUUGGUUUUCAAAUCACCAUGUACAGGAAAUUCUCUCAGGUCAACAAAAUGAUGGAGCUCAUGCCCUAAACCAUACAUCUCCUGGUCAGUCGUCGCUGUCUGAGCCCUCAAUCCAGCAAAGUCUCUCUGUGCCCUCUCUCCAGUCUGAGCCCUCAACCCAGCCAAGUCUCUCUGUGACCUCCACCCACUCACUGCUGUUUGAGCCCUCUCUCCAGCCUCUGCCAUCUGAGAACUCUAUCCAGCCAUCGCUCACUCUGAUCUCACAACCGCAAGAAAUCCUGACUGAUGAAGAACCAUCACUCCCUCCUUCACCUGUCCAGGAACCAAUCAUUGAUCUUGAUGAACAAGAGGAGACGGUUUCACAAAAUCAGUCUCCUGUAUCAACACAUCACCUUAGAGGACCUGUGGAUGAGAUUGAUCUACAGACCAUAUUGAAAAAACUGGUCAGCAAAGUAGAUGACUGCUUCUCUCCAACAAGCAACCAAAUAAAUGUGUGCAGGGACAAUGUUUUACCAUGUAGCCUGCGGGCGUUUAAACGGAAGUCCUUCGACCCUGAAGCAAGACUGGAUGUUGUCUUUGUGGAUGAAGAUGACAAUGGUGAAGGGGCAGUUGACGAAGGCGGCCCGACCAGAGAGUACCUAAGGCUGUUGAUGAGGGCCGUCCACCAAUCAAACAUCUUCGAUGGACAUGAGAAAGACCGGCAGUUGCGUCUUGAUACGCAAGCUUUACAGAGUAAACUGUACACCUGGGUGGGGAAAAUGAUAGCUGUGUGCAUCAUUCAUGGAGGAGUUGGUCCGCAUUUCUUCUCGGAAAGGCUUUUCCGGCAAAUCUGUGGAAUAGAAACGAUCCCGGCCACGGUCAAUGAAGUUGGCGACCAUCCUUUUAGGGAGCAGUUGAUGAAAUGUACAACUAUUGACAUGUAA